AUGCAAGCUAGGUUCAAGAAAUUGAUGAGUUCCAAGGUCAAGCUUCUGAAGAGCAAGUGGACAUCAUACUGCAACCGAGCCACCAUCUACAAUGAAAACUAUAUGCCAGAGAUCGACGUUGGAACACCUACAUUUGAAGAAAUCAAGUCAAUGGGCCUGGAUGAUCAUUUUUGGGAUAUGGGUUCUCUUUUGCAUCCAAAUGAGCCUUGGGCAAUUGAUCCAAAUGUGCGAGAAGGGAUUGAUGCACUCCUUACAUCCACCCAUUGCAAAGACGAGCUGCGAAGGAUUUCACGAGAGGCGCGACAAGCAGUCAAGUGGGCUAUUGAUAGGUCAAACUCUCUGGAAAAUCUUUAUGACUUGUUAGACCCAGCUGCUUUGAGCUCCUCAACUGGAGUCAACAAUAUCAUCAAGACCACUAAGCAAAUGAUGAAAAUAUCCAACAUCAAUGGACCAGAUUAG